GUCUUUACCUUCAUGCACUCAUGUUUGUUUAAUGUUUGUUUGCAAACAUCCGUAACUAUAUCAGUAUUAAUAAAUUUAAUUAACAGAUACUUCGUAUUCCUUUAACUUUGUAUCGUCAAGUUCGAUUAUAAAAUGAGUAAACUCAGAAUCAAUAGCUUAUACGACAGAGUGAAUAAAUUAUUGGUGUCAUAUGAGUGGAGUGACUGCUGUUUUUCAGUAUGUGGUAAAAAAUUUAAAGCUCACAAACUGAUAUUAGGUAUCAGCAGUCCUGUCUUUGAGGCUAUGUUUUAUGGCCCUUUGUCAACAAAUGAAGAGGUAACCAUUACAGAUAUCGAACCAAAGAUAUUUCAGCUACUGCUUAAUUAUAUUUACACCGACAAAGUCAAAAUCCAAUCAAUAGAAGAAGCAUAUGACUUAUUGUAUGUCUCAAGAAAAUAUAUGUUUGAAUAUCUCACAGAAAUAUGUAUAACAUUCAUUCAAUCUAAUAUAAGUAUCGACAAUGUAGUAUCUGUGUUAAACUAUCCAGACCACAUGCAAGACAACCUACUGGUUUCAACAGCACUAAAACUGUUUUGUCAACACGCAGAGUACCUUUUGAUGGAAAAUAAACGUCACAUAAACUUUACAUGUAUGCAAAACAUUCUAAAAUGCAAAGAAAUAAAUAUACUAGAAAAAGAUCUGAUAAAGUAUGUGUUUGAAUGGACUUCAUUUUAUUGUGAACAGAAUGAUAUUAAAAAUAGUUUUCAGAAUAGAAGAGAUAUAUUAACAAAAAGUGAUUUAAUGGAGUUACUAAAAUUCUUUACACUUUCCUUAAAAGAAUUAGAAGAAAUAACAGAUUGUAAAGACAAUCUUUUGUUAAGCAUUGAAAAAGAAUUCUUGAAAGAAGCCAUAAAAUGUUUUAACAGUUUAAAUAAAAAUGUAAUUAGUCACUUUGAUAAUAUGUUAUUACCAAGAAAACCAAUUAAAUUGCAGUGGCGCCUGUGUCACCGUUCACUGAUAAGAUCUGAAUCUCCUUUAAUUAUUGAUAGUACAAAAAAUACAAUACACACAAAAAUAAAAGCAGAUAAAUCUAUCUUUGUAAACUCUUUAAAUGUAUAUUCAAGAGCAGCACCAGUUAGCAACUAUUGUUACAAUAUACAAAAUAUUUAUUGUGAAAAGUUUACAAUCUCAGUUAUGUGUGAAACAGAAAACAAAGAAAUAAAGAAAAUUGUCUUUAAAAAUGAUGUAAAGUAUGAUACAAAUAUAGAUAUCGAAUUUAGUGAACCUAUAUUUAUUAAAAAAGACUCCUGGUACAAAAUAACUUUUGUUUGGCCUCGGCUAAACACUUUUUCCUCAUAUGUAUAUAGUGUAGAAAGUAGAGAUACUAUCUAUAGUAAUGGUAAAAUAAAGUUUGAAUUUGAUGAUUUCUCAACUAUUUCUGAUAAUGGAGGAAGUUUUCUCAGAGGAUUAAAAUUUUGUAUGUAAAAUAUUAGUUAAAAAGUAUCCAACUUGGUUUAUUUAUUUAACAUUUAAUGAUUAAUUUUUCUCAGUGGCAUAUAAUU